AUGACCCUAUUUGACCCCGUGGCGGUCCGACUGAGCCAGGUCAACCUCCACAACGCCGAUAAUGUGACUUGUAAGGGACUGCGGAUGCUUAGGAGUCACCAAAUACAGUCGGUGGAAGUGAAAAACCUAUCCAAGGUGUCUGUGGACGAACUGAUCAGCUGUUUCGGUGAGUGGACUCUGAACAACAUCCAGGAGCUGAGCGUGAGCGGGUCGUCCUUCUCCUCGCCGCAGUCGCAGAAGGGUGCGGCCUCGCCUAGGCUCUACGUCGGCCUCAGCAAGCUCAGGAACCUGCAUGUGUUGAACGUCAGCGGCACGAAACUCGCAUCGCACGCCCUCCUCAACAUCUGCACUGACCUGAAGCACCUCACCUCGCUGGACAUCUCAAACUGCAAUGAGCUGGAGUCGGUGGAGUGCCUCAGGAUACGCGCCAAGACCCUACGCUCCCUCAACAUGUACAACCUUAAGGUCCUACGCGUUAAGGAGACCGGGGAAGUUUUACGAGACCUCCGGGAACUCGUGCAUCUUGACGUCAGUGAGAAUAAGAACAACCACGACCUUCUGACGCGCCUCAUUCCCUCCUGCUCUGUGGUCCCGGCGCUACUGCGAGAUCCGUUCUUCGGCCCUAAGCUGCGGUCCUUCGAUAUCUCCGGCCAGGACCAGACCCAGCCCGAGGAUCUUCACUACUUCCUUAAGGGUCAUCCGAACCUUGAGUUUUUGGGGCUGAUGCUCACGUCUCUCUGCCUCGACACGAUCUUCCUCGACGGGUUUAAUAUUACCGUUACGGGGGUGGCGAGGGCGGACCAGCUGGUGGAGGCGCUACGCAGGUACCCGUCCAGGAUAGAGUACGUCCCCAAGAUCCUCUACAAGAUCUUCAUGCUCACUACGCACUUUGAGAACCCGCGCCCCGAUGUGAUAAAGGUUUGGACGCUGUGA